UUGAUUUUUGAGAGCCGUAGUGAACGCGUGCGUGGUAAACGUUGUACGGAUAACGAAACGAAAACAGAAACGGAAAUUGAAUAGAAAAACAAACAAAUAUUUGUUUUGUUGAUUAACAGUGAACGAAUCAAAAAUAAAAAUAACGAAUUUUCAAAUAGUUCAUUUAAUUUGAAAAAUAUUUUAGAAAAAGUGUGAAUUAUUUCGAAAAGAAGCACCAAUAAUUUCUAUUAACAAAUUCUAAAUAGAAAAAUUAAACAUUAACGUUCAUUGACAGCACCAUAACCGUUAUAUGUUGAAUGCAUUUUUAUUAAAAUUUCAAAUAUAACCAAGACACGGUUUAAUACCACCAGCAACGUGACCAACCUCUCAAAAAAAAUUCGUAAAGCCAUUCUCUACAAACCCCAAGAUGAGUUAUUUGAGUUCAAUAGAAAUAUCUCGUGUCGAUAUGUCACCGGCCGACGAAACAUCUUAUGUCUCGGGACCCUGUAAAAAGGCCUCCUACACACUGGUGGCUUUAAAAUUCCUCGAAUUGUGUCUCAUCAUAUGCUGCAUAGGUCUGAUCGAUGAACCGGCCACACAUUCCAACAUACGUACUUUCAUCACUCCCCGCGUAAUUGGUUUAUGUUAUGUGACCUUUGGCUGUCUUUUAAUUUACUCUGCCAUUUACUUAAUAAUGGCCCUAUUCGGCGACAUGACGCCAUGGAGAACAUCAGUGCUGUGGUCUUUGGUGGCAUUUGUGCUGUUUGUGGCCACAACUUCACUUUUGUUCCGUGACUGGUCAGCAACAAAAGACUUAAAUUACUGGCAUCCGAAUAUGACUCGCCUGGAUUUAGUAUUGGCUGCAGCGUCUGUGUCAUUGGUCACCGCACUCAUUUUCCUUAUGGACAUUUUAAUUACUCUACGCUUUGGCAUGACCGGAGAUUUAGAAUGAAAUUGAAAGGGUACAUCACCUGUUUGUUGUUUGCAUGACACACUUCUCUCACCUGUUCCAAUCGAAAAGAGCAGAUAUAGUAACAGUUUUGUUGCGUAUUAAAGUGUUAUAUACAUUCUGUUCUAUUUAUCUAUAUAU